GAGAAGGUGUGACGUUGGAACGAAGCUCUGGUAGCCAACAUGCUCCCCGAGCACGUGGCCAGGCACUUCCUGGGAUCAAAGAAGAGGGAUGAGGAGCUAUACAGCCAAUCAUAUGAUGAGAUUGGAGUGAUGUUUGCCUCUAUCCCAAACUUCUCUGACUUCUACACGGAGGAGAGCAUCAACAACGGGGGCAUUGAGUGUCUGAGGUUCCUCAAUGAGAUCAUAUCUGACUUUGACAGCCUGUUGGACAAUCCUCAGUUCCGCUGCAUCACCAAGAUUAAAACCAUCGGAAGCACUUAUAUGGCAGCAUCAGGUGUCACACCAGAUGUCAACACCAAUGGCUACACCUACAUGAAGAAGGAGGAGCAGUCAGACCGAGAGCGCUGGCAGCACCUAGCAGACCUGGCUGACUUUGCUCUGGCCAUGAAGGUCACCCUCAUGAACAUUAAUUACCAGUCCUUCAACAACUUCAUGCUACGAAUCGGACUCAACAAGGGCGGUGUUUUGGCGGGAGUCAUCGGGGCACGAAAGCCUCACUAUGACAUCUGGGGCAACACGGUCAAUGUGGCCAGUCGUAUGGAAUCCACCGGAGUAAUGGGAAACAUCCAGGUGGUGGAGGACUGUUAUAUCAUCUUGAAGGAGUAUGGAUUCCGGUUUGUGCGCCGAGGGCCCAUCUAUGUGAAAGGGAAAGGAGAGCUCCUGACCUUCUUCCUGAAGGGCAGAGAUAAACAAGGUUCUUUCAUCAACAGCUCCUCUGUUACCCUCCCUCACCAAGUGGUAGACAGCUCCUGACACAUAUACCGUCUCUGUUUUACAGACAGACAGACAGACAGACAGGCAGACAAACAUACACACUCUCACUGGUGUCCACAUACGUUUUGGCAUAUGGUCACAAGCACACAGAUACUGCUACAUAAAAGGUUAAACUCUCAUAAUCAUUUAAACAUCUUAAUACUGAAGAUUAUGGUAGAUGAAUAUUUAGUUAUAUAAUUCUUAAAAGAUACUUCCACAUGACAGAAAAGAAAGCAUUAUUUUAGUGUUCUCUAUAUUUCCUAUACCCUGAGAAGAGAUGAUGAAGUCUGACAAAUUUGUCUCUGACCCCUUUCCUGUGCCCGUUUCUGAGUACACCGGUAAGGACUUGUGCGUGGAUGUGUGGGGUGGUGAUGGUGAGUGUGUGUGUGUGUGUGUGUGUGUGUUGGACAUCUCAGCACGUGAAGGCUGCAUUCUGACGCAGACAGUACUCUUUUUUGCGCUGUGUCUUUCCUGCCAGACUGGAUGAAAGUGCAAUAGUCUUCUUCCACUGCCCUGUCCCCCCCCCCAGCUUCUUUUGUAAACUAUAAAAGCACACAUAUUUUUAUACUCUGGUUGCAACACACAUUUUGUGGAAAAAUAAAGGAGGUAUGAAAGACCGAUACAUUGAGGAUACGUAGAUAUAUAUAGUUUUUAUGUAAAAUUCAUUUAGCAGAUUUCAGGGAUGGCCGAGAAAUCAUGACUGUAGAUAAGAUAAAAGAAAAAGUUUAUCUUGAAUCACCACAGGAAAAUAGGAAUGUGGUUUGAUCUCCAGAUGGUGGAGUUACUGACUGGGAUUCUGUAAAGAGGGCUUGGACCAUGAGACCAAAUUCCUGAGGGCCCAAAGAGAUGUUACAUGUAAUGUUGCCCUAAAUACUUCAAGCACAUUUUUAUUUUAUUGUUCUUUGCCUUCAUUUCUUAGCUUUUAUAGUAAUUAGUUUGAUCCCUCAGUACAGAAUCCCCAGAGUGAAAUUGGGAAGGAUAUGUAUGAAUAGGACAUCCGACAGACUUAUGUUUUUUGAAACUCUUAAACUCAGGUGUGAGAACUGUGAAUGGCUCUUGAAUUAUUUGUAAUUUAAAUGUAUUGAUUAAAAAUCUCAAUGUAAUGUUUA